AUGGCUCGCCUCGCGGUUCGUCGUACGCGCUCUCCGGAGUCUGACGACGAAGACGAGGUCACAUCGCGGCCACGAACUCCCGCCUCCACCGCUGCCAAUGACCGCAAACGUGCACGUCGCUCGACGCGCGACGACGACAGCUCGGAUGACGAGUCUUCUGGCGAGCGGAGUGUGCCCAAAGCGACUCAGCAGACGCUUACUCGGCCGAUCUCAAAGGCACCUCUCACCAACUUGGACCCGUAUCCGCAGCACCAGCCGGGCGCUAUCGUGCGUGUGAAGCUUAAGAAUUUCGUCACCUACACCCUCGCAGAGUUCAAGCCCGGACCAAGUCUGAACAUGGUCAUUGGACCAAACGGCACAGGAAAGAGCACUCUGGUCUGUGCUAUCUGUUUGGGAUUGGGCUGGCCUGCCAGUCUGCUUGGUCGUGGAGACAAGAUAGGCGAGUUCGUCAAGCAUGGUGCUGCUGAAGCCUACAUCGAAAUCGAGCUAAAAGGCAAGCCGAAAGAGAAUGGUCGGGUCCGCAAUUCCAUCAUUGCGCGGAAGAUGAGAAAGGACGGCAACAAGAAUGACUGGUGGAUCAAUGGCAACCCCUCCACUGAAAAGGCUGUCAGAACACACGCCCAGAGCUUCAGUAUACAGAUCGACAACCUGUGCCAAUUCCUGCCUCAAGACAAGGUUGUCCAGUUUGCCCAGAUGGACCCAAAAGAAAUUCUCAAAAGCACGCAGCAGGCUGCUGGCGAUGCUCAAAUGACGAAGCACCAUGAGACUUUGAUACAACUUCGAGCUGUCCAGAAGGACAAAGUCGGUGCUCAGCGUGCGAACAAAGAAGAAUUGCAAAACUUGACGAAACGGCAAGAAAUGCAACAAGCUGAGGUAGAACGUCUACGAGAUCGUGCGAAGCAUAAGGAGAAGCUCGAAUGGCUUGAGAGAGCUGCCCUCAUUCCAGAGUUUUUCACCGCCAAAGCGCGAACAGAGACGGCCAAACAGACUUCGAAGCGGCUCGAACGGGAGCUGAAUCAAUUGAGAGAAGAAUCUGGGCCAGCCCUUCGGAAGGUCAAUUCUAAACAGAAAUACCACCAGAACGUCCAGAAACUGGUCAAGGAACGCUCAAAUGAGCUGAAAACGGCACAGGAAGAAGCGAAAGCUGCCGCAGAUGCCGUCGCAGAGCUUCAGACACACAUUGACGAUUUCAACACACGAAUCGCGACCGACAAAAAGAUGGCGCAAUCAAAGCAACAGGGGCUUGCGAAGCAGCGAGAAGAAUUAGCCAGGCUGCAGGCUGCCCGCGAUCAACCGGUCCCGGACUUCGACCCCAGAGCCAUGAACGCCGAGAUCACCGAUCGUGACCGAGAGAUCGAGGCUCUUGAUGACAAGAAGAGAGAAGCUGAGGAUCGCGCCAGAGAAAUGCAGCGACAGAGACGCGUCCGCGAACAGGCCUUGGCUGAGAAAGAGGAAAAUAUCCGCAAAUUUGAUACCACCUCGGGACAGCUUGAGCAGCGAUUCGAAGCAAUCAACAAAGAAGCUGCUAGGGCAUGGAAAUGGAUCCAAGCGAACCAGAACAUAUUCGAGAAACCGGUUCUAGGCCCGCCUGCUCUUGUCUGCAAUGUCCCCGAUCUAACAAUCGCUCCUGCGAUAGAGUCGAUCCUUCAAAAAAGUGACCUAUGCAUCUUCACUGCCCAGACUCACAACGAUUACAUUAAGCUGCAAGACAAGCUUUCCAAAGAACAGGGCCUGAGCGUCGCUCUGCGUGUGCGUCCUGAUGAUAACAUGGACUCAAUGCGGAAGCCAUAUUCUACUGAGGAAUUGCAGAGCUAUGGUUUGGACUCAUAUGCCAUUGACCACAUCGAGGGUCCACAGAAGGUCCUGGCGAUGCUGUGCGACGAGAAGAAGUUGCAUCUCGCUGCGAUCGCUAAGGGCCAAAUCUCGUCUGAACAACACGAACGACUCAUGGUGCGAAGCAGAAUCGGAACGUAUUUUUCGCAAGGCACGAUCCAUAAGUUCAUACGACGUGCCGAGCUCGGUCCGCAGGCCACAAUAUCGUCGAGUAGUGUGGCCAGACCUCCUAUAAUCUGGACCGACAAGCCUGUUGAUCUCGGACGCAAGGCAGCCUUGCAGAGAGAAGUUUCGGAGAUCAAGGGUGAGUUGGAGGAGAUUCAAAGCGGCAUCGAGGAUCGCAAGAAGGAGUUUGCGGACGCUGGUGCCAAGAUCAAAGAGCUGAACGAGCAGAAGAAGCAGAUCGAAGCAGAUAAGGCUCGAUUGCAGCGAGAGCUCAGUACCUGGAACGGCCUACCAGGAAAAAUCGACGAUCUCAAUCGUAAGAUUGGCGAGCUCGACCGUUGGCUCAAAGGUGCCGUUGACCGCCGUCGCGGUUGGAACGCCGAACGUGAGGACACCAUGAUCAAGCGAGCUGAGGGCGCUGUCCAGUAUGCCGAGCGCAUCGGUACUAUCAAAGAAUGCAUGGCCAAGCUGAUCGCAGCCGAAGUGCAGGAAAUCGAGGCUGCCUCCGACGUCGAAGUCCUUGGCCAGCGCAACGAAGCCAUCAGAGAUAUGCUUAAGGCCAAAACGGACGAAGAGAAGGAAGCUGCUGACACAGCCCAUGAAAUGCUUCAAAACGUUCGACGAAUGAUGAAGGCUGCCCAAAAACUUCAGGAAGAGGCCAAGCGGCUGAGCGACGACGGUGACCCGGUCUUCCUGACGCUCAUCAAGGAGAUGAUCAGAGACAAAUGGACGCCGGAACAUCACCGGGCAGAGAUCGAAGCAGUCAAUGCUCAAAUUGAGCUCACCGGAGUUGGUAACGGCGAUGCUAUUCGUCAGUACGAGGAGCGUCAAAAGAAGAUCGAGUCGCUGCAGGCCGCUGUUGCCAACUCAGAAACACAAAUUGACGAAGCUUUGCGUGCCAUUAAGGAGGUCCGCGAUCAAUGGGAGCCAGCAGUUGAGGCUUUGGUCGCGAAGAUCUCGGACGCAUUUGCGGAGAGCUUUGCCCGCAUUGGCUGUGCUGGGCAGGUCGAAGUCGGCAAAGCACAUAGCAAAGCGCCAGAAGACUGUGUUGAAGAGAACGGCGGCGAGGAGAAUGGCCUCGACUUUGCGAACUGGCGCAUCAACAUCAGCGUGAAGUUCCGCGAGCACGAACCAUUGAGUCUACUCGACAACCAUCGGCAGUCAGGUGGCGAGCGCGCAGUCAGCACCAUCUUCUACCUCAUGGCACUCCAAUCGCUGUCUCGUGCGCCGUUCCGCGUAGUGGACGAGAUUAAUCAGGGCAUGGAUGGCCGCAAUGAGCGUAUGGUUCACGGACGCAUGGUCGACGUUGCGUGCGCAGAGCGGGAAGACGGCGGUGGUGGAGGCAGCCAAUACUUCUUGAUCACACCGAAGCUGUUGAGCGGGCUGAAGUAUCGGCGAGGCAUGACCAUCUUGUGCAUCGUAAGCGGCGAGCAUGUCCCUGCUGAGGGGCAGCCGGUGGACGAGGAUGCGGGCAAUGCUGGGCCUUACAAGAACUAUCCCACCUUGGGCGACUUCCUGCCGUUCGCGAGGAAAUAUGCUGCUCUGGGCCUUGGUGGUGGAAGCACGCAGACUCCAGCACUUGGUAGAAGGGUUGAUUCUGGUGUGGCAAUGGUGGGGGCCGUCAGUGGCUGA